UCGGUGCGUCGCGCCGCGCGCCCAGGACCGCGUCGAGGACACUGCCAACCAGGCGCGAGGCGGCCACCCAUCAGUAUCGCACCCAUUUCUAGUCUCGCCACGCCGUCGGCCAGUGACCGGUUCGCGGCAGCUCAGUGGGUGGUUCGGUGUGUUCGUGCCGCGUCUGUGACCAGUUUGUGACCAGUUUGUUGCCAGUUUGUGACAAGUUUGUGACCAGUUUGUACUGACCAGCCAGUGAAUCAUUCGAGCGCGCUUGGCCGCGUGGAGUGAUCAUUUUGUGACCAGUGUGGCCAUCGAGAGCCGACUUUAGUGCCUCUUUGUGACCGUCGUGUGCAUUUCGCGACGGCCCCCUUGACCUGUGCAACCACUUUGUGACUCGGCCGUAGCCGCGACCACUUCCAGUGUCGUGUGACCAGCUCGUCCUGGAGGCCCUGGCGGUCGUGGACAGGCCCCCUCAUGUUGGCGGGCAGGCUCGGCGGGGGUCCGGGCGCCGCACCAACCGGCUUGCCUCCAGGAUCACGUCGAGAACCACGUAGAGGCCCUCGGUGACGUCCGUCCUCGAUGGGCUGGUACCCGUCACCCCGGCAGGGACAGCGCAGAGGGCCUUGACAGCGCCGAGAUGGCGAGUCCCCGACUGCUGGCGUUGCUGGCGCUGCUGCUGCAGGUGGUGAAGAUGGCCCUCGGCGUGCAGCUGGGCCCGCAGGAGUCGUCCGUGCUGCUGAGCCAGGGCGCGGUCCGCGGGAUGCGCGUGCUGACGGAGACCCGGCAGGGCGUCCUCGCCUACCUGGGCGUCCCCUACGCCGAGCCGCCCAUCGGAGAGCUGCGCUUCUCGGAGCAGGACGAGGACUGUCUCUUCCUCAACAUCUGGGCCCCGGAGGUGACCACGGCGUUCCGCCCCGUGCCCGUGAUGGUCGUCCUGGAGGGCCGCGGCUUCGUCACGGGGUCGCCCGCCCAGCUGCCGGCGCAGGACCUGGCCGCCGAGGGCGUCGUCGUGGUCACCGUGGCCUACCGCCUCAACGUGUUCGGUUUCCUUUGCCUCGGGGACGGCGGCGCGCGCGGCAACCUGGGCCUCCUCGACCAGUACCUGGCGCUGCUGUGGGUGCGCGACAACAUCGACAAGUUCGGCGGCGACCCCCGCACCAUCACGCUGCUGGGCCACGGCGCGGGCGCGGCCAGCGUUGCGCUGCACCUCACCAGCCCGCGGACGCUGGGUUUGUUCCAGCGCGCCGUCCUCAUGUCGGGCGCCGCGUCGUCGCCAUGGGCGCGCUCGCCGUCGGCCACCUCCGCGUCGCUGGGGGUGGCGCGCAGUCUGGGCUGCCCGCUGCCGCCGUUCGCGGCCUUCCCGUUGGACACCGAGUCCCGCCUGCCGCCACUGCGCCCGGCCUCGGCCACCACCCUGGACUGCCUCAGGACCAAGUCCACCUCGGAGAUCCUGAGGGCCUUCCUCACGCAGUACCAGGCCGGUAACUGGUCGGACCUGCCCCUGCCCGUGUCCGACUCGUUCCUGCCCCCCGAGGAGCAGUACCUGCCUAAGGACCCGAGGGACGCCCUGCGCGAGGGCGCGUUCCCCCAGGUGCCCAUCAUGACGGGCGUGGCGGACCAGGACGGCACCGUGGCCUUGGCCGAGCAGCGCGACCUGUCCCGGCAGAGCUUCGCGCAGCUGCGGCGGUUCUUCUUGAACGCCGCCAUCCCCGGCGUGGCCAAGCGCUACGGCUUCACCACCAUCCCCACCCUGCGCGCGCUGCUGGAGUGGAAGUACGUGGACGCGGCGGCGCCCGGCGACACCAGCGCCCUCAUGGCGGGGCUGCUGCAGAUGUACACAGACGCCCGCUUCAAGGCGCCCCAUGCCCGGCAGCUGCAGUUGCUGUCGUCCAGGACAACGCAGCUGUUUGCGUACCGCUUCGACCAGCCGGGCCCCGACCUGGUGGGCUCAGGGUACCCAGCGCAGCCUCACAACCUGGAGGACUGCAAAGCUGCCGAACGGAACUGUGGUCCGACUAGACCCCUAGACCUGACGGCUUGCGCGGCUUGCGUGACCUCUACUGCCUGCCUAGACCUGGCGCUGCCUGCGCUGUGCUGCCCGUCGUCCCGCGCGGUCUUACUCAAAGUGAUUCUAAUCUCCAGACUUCGGGAAACUUUGUUGCCGGGCGCGGGGUACGGCUCGGAGCUGCUGCUUCUGCUGGGGCCGACGCUGCUCCGGCAGGUGGCUGGGCGCCGCUUCACGCCGCAGGAGGAGCGCCUGGCGGCCUACAUGAAGAGGAUGUGGGUGGACUUCGCGAGGGCCGGCAACCCCACGCCGGGCGCGCGCGGCUACGGCGUCACGUGGCGGCGGUACACCGACUCGGACAGGGCCUUCUUGUCGCUGGUGGCGGACGGCACGCACCCCAUGCCCAUGCGGUCCUACUCCUUCGCCUUCCCCAGCGAGGGCGCCCCCGACGGCCAGGCCAGCGGCCGCGACGCGCGCGACACCAGGGCGGCGCAGCUGUGGAACGUGUUCCUGCCCAAGCUGCACAACGACAGCAUCGGCGACCGCAUGGCGGUCUGGGCCGCCUCCAGGGAAGCCCCGCUCACUAACGCCCAGCCCUUCCGCUCCGCCAUGUUCACGCUGCUGGCGCUGGUGCUGCUGCUGCUCCUGCUGCUCAUCAUGUGCCUAGUGCUGCUCAAGCGGCGCGCCAAGGAGCGCGGCAGGGAGCGCGACUCCUUCUGA